CCCAGCACCCGCCGCGCGGCAGGGAAAGAGAAGCAGGAGGAAGAAAAGAGGCUGCGUGUCCCGCCCCAGCUCCGUUUCCUUCCGGGUUGCGGCACACCACCUCCUCCUUGGCCUCUCGCCCCCUGUGCCAUGAGGGCGGCUGAUGGGAGGGCCGCCCCGGAGGGCCCGCUCAACCCAGGGCGAGAGCUGCCCUUGUCCCGGGGGGGCGGGAGCCACGCGGCGUCCCAGGACAAGCUCUUCUUAAUCAAAGGUGGAAUUUUUCUAGGUACCGUUGCUACUGCAGGAAUGAUAGCAGGUUUUGGCACCACACUUGCCAUGGCAAAAAAGAAGAACCCAGACUGGUUCAGUAAGGGGAUUACUGCCACAGCUACAUUACCAGAGAGUGGUUCGUCACUGGCUUUACGAGCCCUAGGAUGGGGCUCACUGUAUGCGUGGUGUGGAGUUGGAUUGCUAAGUUUUGCCAUCUGGAAGGCUCUGGGUGUGCACAGUGAAAAAGGCCAGGGUGAUUCACAUGAAGGUUUGUGAGAUUCUGACUGUUGCUGCCACAUCUGUUCCAUGGAAAGCUGGAGAAACAAUGAAAGAAUUCAAAACUAAAAUGCAGUCAAUGUUUCCAGCAAUUCCUAAAAAUACUGAGUCCACUGUUGAAUGGGAAGACUUACUUAAAUCGAAGUGAAAGACUUGGAGCCAUUUGGAGAUGUCCCUUCAGUAAGAACAGGAGCUGAAGCAGCAGAAGUAUCCCAUCUGAAAAAAGAGAGAAGAAAACUUGGAGUGAGCAAGUUACUGAGUUCAGUGAUCCUGGGAAUGUCAGUUAACAUCUAGCAACAAGGGAAUUAAAAAACAAAACCAAGCAAAACAAUCUGUGUUGUACUUUUCAGCAUGCUCGGUAUAGUUAUUUUCGAGGAAGUGAACUCCCCAGGAGAAGUUGGAUCCAAUUUGGAAAAAAAGACUCUAUUUUAUGAAGACUUAAAGAAGAAAUUGAUCUUUAAGACAAAACCCCAGUAAACUCUUAUCCCAUCCUGUGUCUUACAGAAGUUUUAGGAAAUUUCUCCAGGACACACAACAGUACUUUCAGUGACAUGUACAUAUCCCAUUAGGAAUGUAACAUCAUAGUCCACUAUAAGAGAUCUGUUACUGAGACUGAAGGUAAAGCAUACAGUGCAUUUUUCUAAAAAUAAAAGAGAUACUUAAAUUUGCAACAGAGAAAGUAUCUAAAUCAAACUAUUUCUUUGUGUCUGAAGAGAAAGUUUACAACAUCCAAUACGCUGGCAGUGACCUACUGAGCUCCUCUGUAGAGCAUCAGAAGAGAUCUCUACAAAGUGCACUGUUUUCUCAGUGUUAGCUUUUUUAUUGGAUCCCGCAAUAGUGAAUCUGAUAAUUUGCAUAAAAGUUUCUACUGUAUUUGUAUACCAAUUUAAAUUGUGAAAAAGGUAUAAAAUUGUAAGACACACAGUGUGUCCUACACAAUAUUUUCAGCUGAGAAAGUGUAUGGGCCGGGCUAAUUUUUUUGUAUUUCAGUUGUUCCUGUGGUUCUUCUACCUGGAGAAGCAAUGUGACACUUUUGCACACUGCAGUAAUCUCAUAAAAUAUGGGCAUAAGGUGAAUAAUGUCUUACUCAAACAUUGUAUUUGCAGAACUGUAGAUCUGUAAAAAUGCAGAAAUAAUAAAAAAUAAAUGCUAUUAGUGAAAAAUC